AUGGCGCAACCACAGCAACAGUAUCCGAUGCCACAGCGGUCGUUCUCUCCUCCGCAGAGCGCUGCUUCCCCGGGUGCGCAGCAGCAUUUUGGUCAGCCCCCGAACAAGAGGCAGCGUCUGUCUCCCAACCCAUCGUCACAACCAAGCUCUCCAUACUUGCAGUCGCCCUAUGGUAUGAGUCCCACAACAACUGCGAACACUGGUUCGGGAGCGUCACCUCACUUCUCGAAUGUUGCGAUUCCACCGGGUGCCUACACCACGCCUUACCAAAAUGGAAACCCCAACCCGGCUCUCACCCUCCCUCAAUCGCAACCCAACCAUCAAUCGCAAUCUCAAAACCAACCUCCCUUUCAAGGCUCUGUCAGUUUCGCAAACCCCCAACACACCGCUCCACGACCCAUCUUCGGCGAUUACAUGCCUGCACAGUCACAGCAACAGCAACCAUACCCAGGCCAAAAUCAACCCCAGCACCCACCCUCGAGCCAACCACCAAACCAACAUGCAGGGACGAUGGGGCCUCCAUCAAAACCUGCGGAGAAAGCCAAGGAGGAUGGCUUGGACCCCAUGGAUCUACUUGCUGGUACCGGUAUCGAUUUACGAGAGGAAGAACAGUACAUGUUCAAAUCGUUCAACUCAAAUCAAACGGAUUCCCAGCCUUCGAACGCCAGCUACCGUAUUCCGCCGGGAGAUAGGGCAUCUUUUUAUGGCGCGGGUCCGGCGAAUGUGGUGGCUGAGAAGACAAAUGGAAAGUCACAGGACGAUUACAUCCAAGAGCAAGCCGAUAAAUUAUGGGUCAGCGCAGCUCACAGGUUGGCACAGUCAAGACAGAAUGAACUAGCCAACCCGUUUUUGCAGGUUGCGCUUGUCACGCACAAGAUGCAAAAGGCAGCGCGAGAGAAUGGGCUGAGCUUGAAUGUAGAGAAGAAUGGCCACAUGGGUGUUAUGAAACUACCAGAACAGUUUUCGAACAGAGAAGUUCGAGCGCAGACAGCCUUAGGAACCGAUGUUGGGUUUGUCGCUACCAGUGGCCCGUUCCUUCACGGCGAAGCUAUGCUCGUUGAUCAGGUUGCACUUUUAUCGAUUGCAACGAAGCAUCGAUUGGAAGGACUGAUCAGGGAUGCAGUUAAGCUUUCGAGGGGUCGGCAGACUGGCUCUCAUGGCGUUGUCCCCGUGGAGUGGAGCAACGUUGCGGUAGCAGGCAGCUUUGAUAGCCAAGCUUCCGAGAGUGGUCUGCGAAAUGGUUGGGAGAGUGCACUUAGUCCGCACUCCAACCCGCUCAAUCACUCACUGUCCGGUGUUUCCAAGCUCCCAACCCCCGUCUCGGAUAGCGCAACCCCUCCAACUGCUCCUAUCAAGUUCACAAGCGAGAUUGCUGCAGCCUUGCGUACUUCAGCAACUCUAGAACAAGCCCAAGAAGAAGCCCGACUUCGUAAGCGUCAAGACCGUGCUAAUGGUGGAGGUACAGCAGCUGCAUCUAGACAGGGCUCUAUCGUUCCUGGUACGCCAGGCUCCGUGGCACCUGAUACCGACUUGAAAGCACCAACGAAGAAGGAGCAGAGGAAGAAGGCUGACGCCAAAGUCAACGAGGCUGCCACCCACGCUGCUGCGAACACCACCACUGCUCAGUUCUUGGGCGUCGGCGGAGGCAUGUUCGGCAAGAAGAAGAAGUACAACUGGCUUACCGGCAGCGCUGCUGGAGGUGGUGCCAGUGGGUCAAGCACGCCAGGUCGCAUCAAUACCCAAGGGCUUCCUGGGACCCCAGGCAUCCAGCCAGUCAGUGCCCCUCCCGAGAAAUUGACGGCUGAUGGUGUGAGACGACUUGGAGAAUGGAGGGAUGACGGACUGAAAGGUCGUCGGGUCCAAAUUCGCGACUGGAUCUCAGUGCUCGAGCAGGAUGGGCGCGAGAAGAUGGCCCUGCAGAAGGCAUACGUUGGGCUUGACCAAUCGGACCCUAAAUAG